AUGUCAGAGUUGUCAAGAAGGCUAGGACCCCAGGGUAGAGAAUUAUUACAGAGCCAUGGAUCAGGAUCCAAUUUUGAUGGCCCUGGUUCAUCAGCUACACCUCAAGAUCUUGAUUAUCUCAUUGAUGAAUUGAGAAAUCCUAAAUCUGAUACAACAAUUAAGAAAGUAUUGGGAUAUUUAUAUCAUUAUUUACCAUAUGUCAAACAUGAGCAUAACUUAAGAAUCUUAUUUUCUAGUUUCUUAAAUACUCCAGUUUGUUUUGGUCAAUCUGUGGUACCAUUUGAAUCCAAUUAUAUGAUCAUUGAAGUUUUCAAAUUGAUUACUGACAAGAAAUUGAAAAUAAGUCAACCUACUUUAUCAAUCAAAUCAUUUUAUACUGUUAUAUUGAAGGAAUUGACCAAUUUCGUCGCAUACAAUCCUAUUGCCAAUAGUUGGAAAGUGUUGCCCAUUAUUACUGGUAUACUAUUAUCAAAUCAGUUAAGAGAUGAUUUAUAUGUGAUACCUAACGUAUUUGAAUUCAGGUGGUUCUUCCUGGAUUGGGAUAAGCAAAUCAAACAGUUGUUUCAAAAUAGUAUCAAUUAUAGUCUUUCUCAUUCUCAACCAGAAGAUGUAGUUGAUUUAAGUUUAGUCAGUUUGGCUUUAACUUAUAAUAAAGAUGAAAAUAUCCAUGCUAAGGUGUCUUUAUCAUUCAUCAUUCAAAGACUAGUUCACUUAUUAUUCAUAAGUCCUCAAAAUUCAACAUUAGCAUAUUUAAAAUUACUUCAUCUUGACCCCUUAUCCAAGGAAAGUGAACAAUUGAUUCAAGAGGAAAUUCUUCAAAAGCCAAUCAUCAAACAUUUAAAUAAAUUAUCAUUUUUGCUAGAAGCCUGUUUCAAAUCAUUAAAGUUCGACCUUCAAUCUUAUGAAUUGAUCAUGAAUACUCUUGAUAUUCUAUUAACUUAUGAUCGUCAAUUAAAUCAUAUUUCUGCUAAUUCAGAUUUCAAUCAUCCCAAAAGUUCAGCUGAUACCAAUCCUAUCCAUCAACAGUUUUGGUACAUUAUGAAAAACAUAUUCUUUUCGCAGAUUAUCAUCAUACAAGGUAUAUUAACCCGAUUCUUAACUGCCAAUGCUAAGUCAUUCCCGGUUUUCAAUCCAUUCAGAAGAAACAUAUCAGUCACAAUUGAACAACAAUAUCAUCAAAUUUCAUUGAAAAUCUUAUCAAUAUUGUAUUACUCAAACUUUAUUUUGCUUUCAAUCGGACAAGGUGGAUUUGAUAAUUAUAACUUUGUAUAUUAUCUAACUUUAGAGUUAUCGUUAUCCUCAUUGAAUACCAAUUCAAAUUUCGAAAAUCUGACUAAGUACUUAAUCUCAAAUUAUCAAGAAAUCAAUUAUUACCCCAAUAUUUUGAAUAAUAAUUAUAUUAUGAGAUCGAAGGUAUUGUUUUCUCUUGGAUUAUGGGAAAAUUAUUUACAAAAAGUUCAAAGUCAUCCUAAGAAGAAUGAUAAGUUCAUUAAUAAUGAUAUCUUCAAUAUCACGUUUAACCUUGUUGAUGAUAAUAAAUACAAUGACGAUGAUUUAAUCGAAGCUAGUCAUUCUGUAUUAUUAUUUUGCUUUUCAAAUAAUGAAGAUGCUGAUAUAAAUAAGUUUGUGGAAUACGUUAAGAUAUUAUUUUUACAAUUUCCAAGAAGAAUCUCUUCUCAUCAGUUAAGUAUUGCUGUGGAGACCAUUGGUAAGAAGAUAUUAUCUAACCCUUUCCAAAAUGGAGUCAUAGUUGAAAAUUUCUUACACUUCAUAUAUGAAGAAUGUCAAACAAUUAGACCAGGUAUUAAGAUUGCAGCUCCUCAUAGUACAACUUCUGAUAUUGGUUUUGCCUCAGCACAGCCUAUCCAAGAAAUUUCAGCUGAAUCUACUUUGCGUACUCUAGAGAAUAAUAAUGAUACUGAUAGUGUCGGUUUAACCAAAGAGAAGGCAGAGUAUCAGUUCGAAAAGAGGUUAAUUCCAGAUACUUCAAGAGAAGCAGCAAUCGUUUCAUUCAUUGCAUUGGUUCCAUAUUUACCAUUAUCGAUAUUUUUAAAGUGGGUUGAUAAAAUCUGGUUACUUAUCGUAGCCAGUAAUCCUGCUGAAAGAGACUUCUUGGUGAGUAUCUUAUGGAAACUGCUUAGUGAAAACUUGGAUGUGAAUAGGGUUGAAUUGGCUAUUAGAUGGUGGUAUGAUAUUAAAGGAUUGCCUGAGACCUCACCUUUUAAACUAGAACCAAGAUUAUAG